UGCAUGCGUAUCCGAUACAGACCUAACCAAACCCCUGCUGGACUGCAGGCGUGCUCUUCCGUUGCCAUAACAAUCUGUAAACUUUAGAUUCCCACCGGUCCAAAGUUUUUUGCGUUUUAAUAAGACUAUGGCGUUUAUUAUUAUAAAAUAAACAUUUGUAAUUGUACUAGUCAUUAAUCGGGUUUUCCACUGAGGCAAUUAACCCCCGAAGAGCAGUUUAGCUGUUAAAAUACAGGUAAGACUCCAAAUGGAACAAAGUCAGAUUGUACAAGAAUGUGCAAAACGAGAAGAAGUGGACGUGAAAGCAGACCCUCAGCCCUGCAAGGUUGGAUCUUUAGAGCCCCCAGUGAGAACCAGAGAGCCAGCACGUGAUGGAGAACAGGUUCUUCCAGGUGAAGCUGAGACCCCACCAGAUUGUGGGAGAAACAAGUUUGUGAUUGUGGAGCAUUCCUUCAAGCAGAAGCCCUUUCUUGGUGGAUAUCGUCACCAGUUGACAAAAACCGAGUACCACCAUGCUGCUGUCCAGACCAUCCCUCGCAAAAAACCUGACAGAGGCGUGACUGUUUUUAGUCGGGACACACAGACAGUUCAACUUAAAUCCCACAACCAGCAGUGUCCAGUCAACAGCUCCACCCAGAUGACUGGUAUUGGCUGUUACGUUUCAUGCAUGAAUGACAAGUUGGUCACUCCUCGGAAAUACAUCACUGCUGAUGAGUGGCAUGACAGAAGGCUGAAGGCUGUGAUCUUUUUGCAAUCACUUGUUCGUCGUUGGCUUGCCCAAAAAGCACUGGACCUGCUGAGAGAUGAACAAUCCCGGCGGUUAGCUUGGCUUGAAAUGCAAGAAAGGAGAAGGGAGGAGGAAAAGGAGGAGCAGCUGAAGGAUCUGCAGCAACGCCGUAUGAACCCAAAAACGAAGGAGGACUUCAACCUGCUGUACAAGGCUUUGGAGAUGUGGAGGCUUGAAGAGGAGCGGCUGAUAAACUCCUCUCAGCAAGGAGCUCAGAGGAAGACAGCUCUUCGCUCGCUGCUAGAGAAGGAGAUGCAGCUCAUCAGUGCUAUUGGGCGCCAUCAGAUUUUCACCCAGACUACCAACUACGAAGAGAUGAUAAGAGAUUUCCUGAACAAGUCUGCUUCACCAUAUCGAUGGCACACAUCCAAUAAUCAGCUGAUAGAGAUGGAUACGCCACACACCAUCAGGGCUAGAAAGCUGCAAGAUCUUUACAACAACAUCAGCCUGUCCACUGUCAGCCAGGAGCAGAGGCUUCAGCUUUUGAUGACACUUAAGGAAACUGUUGAGGAGAACAAGUGUCCGCUGACUCUGGAUAUUGUGGAGCUGAUUGACAGAGAGGUGGACCUGAUGAGGCGAGGAAUAAAAGCACAGAAUCUUAACGGAUUAAGGAAGAGGAUCUGCACUUUGUUCCUGCAGUACAUAAAAACAGCCACUUUCAACCCCAUAGUCAGCAAAAUGUUGAAGGUUUAUCAAGACCCCUCCCAGCUGAAGAAUGACAUGUUCCUCUGUCACGGCUGUCGCUGUUGUCUGCCUUCUGCUGCUUACAACACCAGUGGAGGUCUGAGCCGUUGGUGCCAACGCUGCACCAGCCUUGACAACAUAGCAAGACGUCGACUGGAUUUCUCCAUCUACAAAAACAUCUUGAAGAGGCUAAAAAUGGAUGAGCAAAAACUUAACAAAGAAGCAAAGAUUCCUUGGUUGCUACAGGAAGAGGACAUGUGGUAUCUAGUGGAAGUAGUCUGGGCAUCCCGCUCGGCUCUUAAUGGCAAAAGCGAUCUCUAUAACUUAGUUUUUGUUCGCUGGGACAAACAAAGAGACUGGAGCCCCUGGAACUGCUUACUGUUGUCCAAAGAGGAAACCUUAGCUCACUCAGAGGUGAAAGACGUCACAAAGGUGUAUGAGAAGGUGUUCAUCCGCGAGGUCGAACACAAACAUGAGAUGGCUCGACAACAUUUUAGCCGGAUCUCCGUUUUGGCUGAAUACCUGGAUUCACCAUCACCUGCGGACCCUCAUUGAGUUUGUUCAUUGGGGGGUGCUCACAGUAACCCAGUUUAUUAAAGUGUGAAUGUAA